GGGUGAUCUUUAGGGAAAAUACCAAUAAACCGCUAGUCUGAUUGAACGUGGCUUUCAAGUUUCAAUGUCAUAUCUGCUCCUCAGAAAAAGCCUCUUUUUAUUUAUUUGAUGAAGAUAAAAGAAAAGAAAAUCCCUACAGGUGCCUUGGGGCAGAGGGAUAGGGUGAGUAGAGUAACGCAGGGUGCUGGGAUAUAAGUACGGAAUAAUGGAUUGAGUGGAAUGGAAAUAUACGAGUGAGACUCUGACAAUCAAUCAAUCAUUGAAAAUAAAAAUGGGUUCUGAGUUGAUUGAAAUUUCCACCGCCAGUAAAUGGAUGGGCUUCGUGGCGGCCGUGUGGAUUCAGGCAAUCUCCGGCAACAACUACACGUUCUCGAAUUACUCGGACGCACUCAAAUCACUCAUGCAUCUAACACAAAUUGAGCUAAACAAUCUCUCGGUUGCAAAAGACGUUGGAAAGGCUUUUGGGCUUCUUGCAGGCCUGGCCUCAGAUCGAUUGCCCACUUGGGCCAUUCUCCUCAUUGGCUCUCUCGAAGGCCUCAUCGGAUACGGCGUUCAGUGGCUUGUCGUGAGCCAGAGAAUCCAACCCCUCCCCUACUGGCAGAUGUGCAUAUUUCUAUGUCUUGGGGGUAACAGCACAACAUGGAUGAACACCGCCGUUUUAGUCACCUGCAUCCGCAACUUUCGCCGGAACAGAGGUCCAGUUUCCGGCAUUCUCAAAGGCUAUGUGGGGUUGAGCACCGCCAUAUUCACCGACCUGUGCUCUGCUCUCUUCGCCGACGACCCUGCCUCCUUCCUCCUCAUGCUGUCUCUCGUCCCGUUCGCCGUUUGCCUCGCCGGCAUCUUUUUCCUUCGCGAGGUUCCUCCCGCCAAUUUCACCGUCGCCCAGGACAAGGAGGAGUCCAGGUACUUCAGCCUUUUCAAUGCCGUCGCCGUCGUCGUCGCCGUUUACCUCUUGGCUUUCGGCUUCGUCCCGAACCCCGGCGUUUUGGCUUCUCGGUUGUUCGCUGUCGUUUUGCUCCUUUUAUUGGCGGCGCCGUUGGGAAUCCCGGUCCACUCUUACUUCAAAGCCCGCAGGUUGAACCGGUUGGAAUCGGCCUUGGAUGUGGAAGGGCGGGUGAACGAACCGUUGCUUCGAGGGCACCAGAAGGGAAGUGAAACAGAGGCGGAAGAGGCGGUGAUGGAGAGGCGUGGACCGGCGGUGGGGGAGGAGCACACGAUAUGGGAGGCGCUGAAAACGGUGGAUUUUUGGAUUUUGUUUGUGUCGUUUCUGUGUGGGGUUGGAACCGGUUUGGCCGUUAUGAACAAUAUGGGUCAAAUCGGGUUGGCCCUCGGUUACUCGGACGUUUCCCUCUUCGUAUCAUUGACCAGUGUUUGGGGCUUUUUCGGUCGGAUCAUCUCGGGUUCGGUUUCGGAGUACUUCAUCAAGAAAGCAGCAACUCCUAGACCUCUAUGGAAUGCAGCGUCUCAAAUUCUGAUGGCGGUGGGAUACAUACUCUUGGCCAUGGCUAUGCCUGGUUCCCUUUACAUAGGGUCUACUGUAGUUGGAAUAUGCUAUGGAGUUAGGUUGGCCAUUACUGUCCCAACAGCCUCUGAGCUAUUUGGCCUCAAAUAUUAUGGUCUGAUAUACAACAUUCUCAUCCUUAACCUUCCACUUGGCUCUUUCCUCUUUUCUGGUCUGCUUGCUGGCAUACUAUACGAUAUGGAGGCAACUACCACCGCCGGAGGAGGCAACACUUGUGUUGGGGCUCAUUGCUACAGACUAGUUUUCAUAAUCAUGACUGCAUCUUGCGUUGUUGGCUUCUUCUUAGAUAUUCUGUUGUCAAUUAGAACCAUAAAGGUUUAUCACAAAAUUUCCAUCACCAAAAAUUCCAAGAAUGCCUCAGUCACACCAAGUACUUCAUGACCCGGAAUGCUACAUAUAAGAGGGUAUAUCAGUCAUUAGAUGGACGACCGUUUUGCUCAAUGACAUCCUAAUUUCUUCCACUAGUAUGCUUCAGAUGAUUAACCAUUCUUUUGGGUAAUAGUGGCGGGUUAAUUUGUUUGUACUUCCAUUUUGAGUGCUUUGAAACAUUAAGCAGCCUACUGUCUCUGCUGUAGAUUGGGUUAUUUUUUAUGGCACGUUUUCAAGAAGCAGUGAGAAUUCUUGUAGUUACAAUUUGUAGAGAAAAAAAUGAUGUCAAGUUUUUUCGGUAGAUGGAAAUACUUGUUUGUUCUAUGAUGAAUUGGUGUUAUGCUGUUUUAGGUUUCAAAAGUAUUUCAAAUCAAAGACUUCACUCAAAUUUCAUCACCGAUUAUUAUUUAUUUACUUUUCUUUCUAUCUGUUUCCCUAUGAUAAUGUGAUUUGAGGAGAGGUAUCAGGGAGAGUUGAUGUGAGAAAAUCUAAUUCCAAAACUUUUAUG